AUCACACACCAGGAACAACACAGACCGUUACUAUAUAUAAGGAUCAACAACCAACACCUGAAUUAAGAGUGUUUUACUUUUGAAAAGAAGGAAAACCAUUCACACAACUUUAUUUUUCACAUUUCCAAACACAACAGAAGGAGGACACAUCAUAAGCUCCUGCUGAAGCAAAAGAUACUUUUCCUGGGGACCAAAGAAACAACUCAAAAAAGGAUGGGAUCUUCUGGUGUACAAAUGGUAUGUGUGGCCCUUGGGGUGCUGGGCCUGAUUGGGACGAUUGUUUGCUGUGCCAUCCCUCAGUGGAAAGUAUCAGCAUUCGUUGGGCAGAACAUAGUAACGGCACAGACACAUGAAGAGGGCCUGUGGAUGUCCUGUGUGGUGCAGAGCACGGGCCAGCAGCAGUGUAAGGUCUACGACUCCAUUAUGAACCUGUCCACUGGGCUGCAGGCGGCCCGCGCCAUGACCAUCAUCAGCUGCAUGGUCACCUCCCUGGCCAUCCUCAUCCUGUUCGCCGGCUCGGACUUCACCACCUGCGUGGAGAACGAGGACGCCAAGCCCAAGAUAAGCUUGGCGGCGGGGAUCUCUCUGCUGGUGGGUGGCCUCCUCCUCCUCAUCCCUGUCAGCUGGGACGCCAACACCACCAUCAGUAACUUCUACAACACCUUGGUGCCCCAGAAGAUGGAGCUGGGAGCCUGUAUCUUCGUGGGCUGGGCUGCUAGUGCGGUGCUGAUUCUGGCUGGGGGCCUGCUCAUGUGCUUCAGCAAACGUGGCAGCUCAGGGGGAGUGGCCAAGUACCGUAGCAACGCCCCUCCCACCAACAAGAACUACGUCUAGGAGAUGUAUGUAAUUACGGAAUAUCUGUGUUGUGUUGAGAGGUAAUUUGAUGGGAAGGAAAAAGAAUUGGUAAGAAAAUAAAGGGUUAUGGUCUUAAGAAUAUAGAAGGGAUUUUAUCACUGGA